AUGGAAGCUCUCAAAAGUGGUAGCCAGAGAUUUGGGAACUCCCAAAGAGGUGCUAACCAUCAAGGAAUCCAGCAGUCACUUAACAACCUCCAGACAAAAAGCCAAAGAUAUGGAAACAGCAGAGAUUCUUCACUCCAAGGUUCUAGCAACACACAGAUUCAGAACCAAAAUCAGAAUCAAGGUAUUACUGGCCAACAAAACGAAACCUUUGAAGGUCAACAACCUUCUGGAAACCGAGACGUGAGCAGUUCACAGAACUUCCAGACCCAAGGUUUGAGCAGCUCUCAAAAACCACAAAACCAAGCCUCCAACAACUUCCAGAAUUCACAGACUCUUGGAUUAAGUAACUUGCAAAGCCUCCAAAAUCAAGGAUUUGAUGCAGAACAGAGUCCUCAAGGCCAAUCAUUCAACAGUGCUCAGAAUUUCCAAAACCAAGAAUUAAGUGAUGUCCAGAACUUCCAGAACCAAGAGUUCAGUAAUUUGCAAGAUAAUCCAAACUCUGGUUUUGAUGGAGAUAUUAAUUCUCAGACCCAGAGUCAAGCAUUUGGUAGAGGAACGCAAAACUUGGGGGCUAGCAACUCUCAAAACCUCCAGGGACAAGGCUUCAACAGCCAACAGAAUCUUCAAAACCAAGAUUUUCGUGAAAACCAAAAUUUCCUGAACACAGACUCCACUCUUUCUCAAACAACCUUCAAUCAAGACUCCAACAGAGGUUCAGCACUUGUUAACGGAAAAAAUUGCCUAAACAAAGGGCUUGGUGAUGCAGUACACUCUUCCCAAGCUCAAGAUUUCACCGGAUCUCAGAAUUUCCAAGAUCAAGGCUUUGGAGGCAACGUAAGCUUUGAUGGAGAAAUCACUAACAAUGGAGUUGUAGACACAUUAUCCUCUACUGUUGGGUCUGGAGGAGAGUUGUCGUCUGGAGUUACUGUCAAUUCUGAUUCUACCAGUUUUGAUAACACACAAUACACAAAUGACAGUAAUGGCAGGGGUGUGUCUGUUGUGUUAGCUAGUCAUAAACACAGUUUCAAGAACUGA